AACGAGCAGGAACAAAUCCAGCGUCCUAAAACGGCUCUUCAGAGCGGAAGCAGAAGUCGUAACAUUCGGCCACUCCUGCGGCAAACAUGCUGGGCUCCUCCAGGCCCCUCCAGGCAGCACCAGACUGGAGUAGCGCCUCCAGGCCACUUGAGGCAGCACCAGACUGGGGAAGCGCCUCCAGGCCCCUUGAGGCAUCACCAGACUGGGGAAGCGCCUCCAGGCCCCUUGAGGCAUCACCAGACUGGGGAAGGCCUGAAGCCCAGCUCAGACUUUGGCAGGUUCCUGGUUCCUCCUCACAAGGAGGUGCUGGGUGUGUCGAGGUUGACCCAAACAUCCCCAGCUGAUGCAGAUCCACACACAGACACACAUCAGAACGGGGCCAGUGAAGCCAAGGAGGAUACAACCCCAUGGUACCUCACUCUCCUAAAGGAAAAGGAGCAGUCUGUGCUGAAGCUCGGAAAUGAAAUCACACGCCUGUCCAGGUUUGAGAGUGAGUGUGUGAAGAAGGAUAGUGAGAUCAUGGCACUGCAGGAGAAGCUGCAGCUGCGACAGACCAAUGAGAAUGUGGUUCGAGCCCAGGCAGAACUGAUCCUGGAUCUGACUGAGGAGGUCAGGCGGCUGCGCAGAGCAGACGAGGAGCUGCAGCAGAAGAAUCAGCACAUUGCUGACCUACAACAGGAAGUGACACGCCUGACGGAAGGGCCACUGCUGCAGAAGAAUCAGCACAUUGCUGACCCACAACAGGAAGUGACACACCUGAGGGAAGGGCCGCUACUGCAGAAGGACCUCCAUGUGUCUGGCAUACAACAGGACGACACCCAACAGCACAACCCUGACCUACAACAGGAAGUGACACGCCUGAGGGAGGAGCCACCAGAGUGGGAGGAGCCCCCCGCUGAAGCAGGAACCACAUUUAUGGAGAUGGAGACUACGCAUGAGAGCCUUCAGACUUGCCGGUCAGAACUGCUCUACAGUAAGGGAGAUGAGCCCGACAACAGCAAAGACAACGAUGAGCUCGCAAAUGCGGAGAACAAGCUAAUCGCUGCCCUGGAGAAAACCAAUCAGGCUCUGAUGGACGAGUUGGAGGAAGCCAGGACCAAUCACAAGAUGUCGUCUGGUGCCCUCUGUUCUAUGCGUAGAGCCCUGUCCGUGAAAGAAAAGGAGCUCCUCACUGUCAAGACUGAGCUGGAGGACCUGAAAAAAGAGCUGAAAGACAGGAUGACACAACUACAGGCCAUGUCCCGCAAGUUUUCCUGCUUGCGUGAUGGGAAGAUGAGAGACGAGCUGAUGAUGACUCUGGAGAAAGAGAACUAUUCUCUGCGGCAGCUGGUGGUGAAGCUGCAGGUGGGGUCGUCCCAGAGAGAACAGGGUGUGGUGAAGAUGAGUAGGCAGGUGUGUGAGCUGGAGGAGGAGGCGAGGGUGGACCGGCUCCUGAAGAGUAGGCUGAGAAGGGAGGCCCAGGAGCGCGAGGAGGUCAUGAAGAAGCUGCAGGUCCACAUCAACUCCACGCAGGUCUCCCUGGAGCAGCUGCAGUCUAAGUAUGAGCGACUGCGUGUGAAGGUGAUCCAGGCUGUCUACUCAGCUCCUGGGACCCAACCCCCUCAGAAGGAGAUCAGUGACGCAGACAUUUACCUCACCAUGCAGAAAAUCAUUGACGACCGGUCCCAGUUCUUCCAGAGGCUGGUGCAAAAGGGGGAUAAGGUCCCGAGCCUGGCCAUCAAUGACGCGCCCAACUUCCGCUCGACCCCCGCGGGCAAGAAGGGCACCACCGCAUGAAUGAAUAUAAACAUAAGUUAUGGCUAUUUUCUAAACAAGAGAGAGAAUGACCUGAAAUAAACCUGAAGGAAACCCAGAACCUGUGUGCUCUGAAAUAAACCUGAAGGAACCUAGAACCUGUGUGCUCUGAGAACCUAGAACCUGUGUGCUCUGAGACUAGUUCUGGUUCUUCCUGGGUGUGUUUGGAACCAGGCUCUGUAAGGAACCUUUAAACACACCUCCCUAUUUAUAGGACAAUUUAAAUAUAAAACAAAAACAAAACAAGCAGAUGAACAAAUAUCAGCAAAUAUUGAUAUAGAAAUCACAUGCUGUCACAUGACUGUGUUUACAUUCAUGUAGUCAAAUAUUAUAUUAGUGCAGAGAUAGUUUCUGCUCUGGUAAUGCCACUUCCUGAUCACUGUCUUUCAUGUCAACACCAGCAAUGGAUGAACAAGCAGCACAUAUUUAUACAUCCAUGAAAUGGAGUAAUUGGUCAGUUUUAAAUCAUUUUAAA